UCUCGCCCCGUUUCCUCUGCCGUGUCGAAUUAAGAGAAGAGCAAAACAGAUGGAGAUCAAAUACACACACAUAUCUACAUCGAUAUUAAAAGCGAAGAGAUAGAGAUAGAUGGAAAGGGGAAACCAAAGGAUUUGAUUCGAUCUAUGCAUCCACAGAUCUAGAUUUUGUCGGAAAGCUCGGCUCCUUCGUCUUCCAAUUCGCUAUUGGGUGGUGGAGUUGGGCGGAGACGGCGAUCGGGCUUUCGCGACUUGCAGGGGAAAAAGCUCUCUGUUUUCCUUUCUUUUCCUCGUUGGUUUUGAUAUAGUAGGAGAGGGUUUGGGUUUGAAGUUUUGAUCCAGACCACCCCGAUGCCCAACACCAGGCACAAUGCUGUUUCCGAUUCCUCCUCGGACGCACCGACCGAUCACAUUGAAGAAUCUGUGAGGCAUUUAAAGAUCGAGGAUGGGGAUCGCCGGAAGGGCGCUGAUGGGCAGCCGAAUCCGUAUCCUGACCGCCCUGGACAACCUGAUUGCAGUUUCUACUUGAGGACCGGCUCAUGCAGUUACGGGAGCAAGUGCAAGUAUCACCAUCCUACCAUCGCUGGGCAGGGAAAUCAUUAUCGAGGUGAACUCCCGCAAAGAGAUGGUCAACCUGAUUGCCAGUUUUUCAUGAAGACAGGAACCUGCAAAUUUGGCUCAACCUGUAAAUAUCACCAUCCACAAGAUAAGCGUGACACCCAAGUACUUCAGUUAAAUGUUUUGAGUCUACCACUGCGAAAGGAUGAAAAAUCAUGUCCCUACUACAUGAGGACUGGAACUUGUAAAUUUGGAGUUGCCUGCAAGUUUAAUCAUCCUCAGCCAGCCAAUGUUGGAGCCAUGUUUCCUGAAUCAGGUCUCCCAAUUAAUGGAUAUUAUGGAUCUUUUGCACCGUCAACAGGACCAUCUUUAACAGGUGAACUUCCACCAUGGCCUUUCUCAAGGACCACCAUGUCUAGUCCUCAUAUGCAAGGGCUCCAAGGUUUCAUGCCACUUAUUCAGCCGCACAGCCAAGCCACCAUGCCUAUGCAGCAAGAUUGGAGCACAUACAUGGGCAGUAUUCACAUUCCCUCUUACAGUGGUCCUAGGCCUAAUCAUCUAUCCAAUUUAAAGAACCAUGGGCAGCCAGGCUCAAUGGCACCCGUUAAUUUUCCACACAGACCUGAUCAACCAGAAUGCCAACACUACAUAAGAACAGGGUGCUGCAGAUAUGGUAGUUCUUGUAAGUACCACCACCCGAAAGAGAGGAACCCACCAGCUGCAUGCACUAUAGGGCCCUUUGGGCUUCCUCUCAGACCAGGUGAGCCUGCAUGCACAUUCUAUGCUACCUACGGAAGCUGCAAAUACGGGGCAGCUUGCAAAUUUGAUCACCCAUAUGUGGCUGUGUUCCCUCUGAUGGAACAACCACUGGCCUAUCCCUAUCAAAGGGGUUCAGAAUGUACACAGAUGACUUCAGACAAUCCAUCUUGCUGGAUGCCAAAAGCACCUGAUGAGCUCAUGAAACCUGAGAGAAUUGGUGAACUGCAGGAUUUGGAUGACAUUGAGCAUGAUAAUCCGUCUACUCCAACUUCUCCAUCGCAUACUGCUCCUCAUUCAGAAUCAUCAUCAAUAAAUCAAUCUGAUCACUGUUAGCUUCUCUACAUUUUUCAUCCAUUCUCACCAUGGUUCUAUAAUGGAAAUUUUGUCAUCUCUGCUUUCUCUAUCACUGUAUUCUUGCACAUGGCUCUCUCGAACAACUGGCCAGUUUGAAGAUCUACAUGAUAGAUGAUGAAGAAACAGUAUAUACAAACAAAUAGCUGGUUAUAUGUAAUCUAAAUUACUUGUUUUGCGGAUUGUUAUCUGUGUUCUUUGAGAAGAAAACAAAUCGGUUAAAGAGUCAUGAGGAGAAUUUCAUGUAUUUACUUUGCAGAUCAGGACUUUUAGAAUAAUGUUGAAAAAAUGGAAAGAUUUAUGUUG